AUGGUUUUUUGCACAUACUGUGGACAGUCGUUCACCAGAGACGAGCAUCUCGAACGACAUAUCCUAACUCUGCCAACUACGAACCGAUCGUUCCGUAGGUUCCCCACUGACCACCACUGCCAAACAGACACCAACGUCAAGCCAUUCAAAUGCUUUACAUGCCAUAUGAGCUUCGCUCGACGAGAUCUUUUGCAAAGACAUUAUACCGUACACGGCCGCAACCAGAACAACGAAGAGGGUCUCCCACCGCAAGGGAUAAUACCCAAGUCCGCCGGCCGCACACCCAUCGCCUGCAGUAAUUGUGCAAAGACAAAGACGAAAUGCGACAAGAAGUUUCCGUGCACCCGGUGCGCUCAAAGGAAUCUGAAGUGUACUCUACGUCCUACACGGCGAGCAUCCAAAGGCGUCCAGAGAGUGGGAGGUCCUCCUGAGGCAGGGAGUGGUGACUCGAGCGAGAGUGGUAGCAACGCUGAUAACCAGAAUACAUCCGGGAAUGUCUCCCCAAACCACGAUGGCCAACCGAAACAAGCAACCGCACAGUCGUCACCGUCUCAAAUCCAGCAGCCUGCCCAGGUGUCCGACAGCCAACCUCCGUCACAAAGACAAUCGCAAUCGCCCUCAGCGCCCCACUCGCGGAAUCCUUCCAUCUCACACCCAGUACAACCACCACCACACAUAAAUCCCGAGGAAAAGUCGCUUCACAUCCACAUGCCCAUCUCGAAUACACCACCGUUUUUCGAUCAGUCCCCUUCUAACGGGCUUGCUCAUUCGUCAUCGUUACUCUCACCACUUCCUACACCGGUUACGGGCAUGAAUAGCUUUGUCUCCUCAACACCCAUGUCCGGAUACGACGACUUUGUAAGGACAGUGCGCGAUCAGUCAGACAAUGAGAGCCCGCAAUUCAUCAUGGAUCCAUGGCACUCGAUGCCUAUGGAUACGAGUUUUGAUCCCAUGCGAAUUGACCCCUCGCUGAUAAUGACCAUGGGCAUGGAUAUGACUAUGGGACCACCCCAGGACGGCAUUCUCGGUAUGAUACCCGAAAUGUCACCUGCGCAGACAUUUGGACAGCCUGUCCAGACUCCUCGCAUGGUGGAUGAAUCUUUCUCAGACCUGCAGAUUGGCAGUUCGGCUUCGAUGUUCUACCCCUCCAACAGACACUCUUCAAUAGCCGACGCCGGCAUCCCCGAUCUUGGCGCCAUCAUUGCGGCUCAAGAUGGCUGGACGGUUUUCCGUUGCACUCCUUCCAUCGCUUCGAGCUCAUGCCCGCGAACUGCAAGGCUGAAUCUUGAGCGACUAGAGUUGAGUCUAAAGAACCACGAGGGCUGGGCUAACUGGACCCCAUCAUGGGACGAAUCCGACUUUCAGCAAGGUGGUCAAAUAGCCGUAUCGAAACUACAUGAAGCCACACGAGACAAACUCCUCGCCAUCACCCAAAGCUUUCUUCACAAGGCUCUGGACAUCCAUAAGGAUGGAAGCAGUUCAUCUAGCAGUGGCGAGUCUCCGGGAUCCACGGCCUCGCACUCUAACUUCGUUCUUCUUCCGCCUGCUCGCGUACUGGAGUACUUCCUCAAGUCGUAUGCCAACUCUUUCGAAAGGUAUUAUCCUACCUCCGCUAGAGGUGUUCUCGACGCCAACGAACUGAUGCAAAACUACAAUGACAAGGCAUCAAGUUUGCUCAUUCUCAUGAUGAUUGCGCAGGGCGCCAUGACUAUUCCGUCCAUAGAAGCGAGAUGGCUGACUGGUGGCUUCACUGAGGCAUGUCGGAUAUCGCUCUUCGACCUCAUCGAGAAGAACAUUAUCAUGGCUGGCGAUCCUAUCGUCCUGCGGGCAGCCCUUCUCUUCACUGUCCAAGCGGCGUGGAGUGGCGACAAGUGGCAGAUGGACAUUGCCAUGGGUCAGCGCGGCAUGUAUUUUUCCAUGUUACGACACUCCGGUAUCCUAGAUGUUCGGCCGCCGACCACACCUCAUAUGAAUGGAAACACGUCGACGGAUGUGUUGUGGAAGGACUGGCUUCAGCAAGAAAGCCGCAGUCGCCUCAUCUACUCCUGGGUUAUGGUAGACCAAGACCUGUCUCUCUUCCACGAUACCGCUCCUCUAUUCUCGGUAACAGAGUUUGGUGCGCCAAUGCCUGAUUCAGAUCAACUCUGGCAGGCGCAGACCGCUUCAGAGUGGUCGGAGAUGUUCAACCAAGUCCAUGAAUUCUCGAAUGGAUACUCCUCGGUAGGGUCUGGAGCAAGGCCACCGAGUCUGAGAGAUCUCUUCCGUUACUUCCUAGAUGACGAGAUAGUCGUUCAGGAUGUCCAAGAGAUUCAUCUGACCCCAAUGCACCUGCGGCUGCUGCUUCAUCCUUUGCAGACUCUGGUGUGCCAGUAUUGCCAACUCCUCAGUUGCUUUUCCGAUAGCGUGGCCUCUCGAUCGCGAAAUCGGGCACUGACAGCUGCUUCGACUCGCGUACGUCUAGAAGAGGUGCAGGCGUUACUGGGGCGGUGGUUCGACUUAGCGCAACGGUACAUGAAGGCGAACCCAGUGUGUCCAAUGAUGCAAGCCAACCUCGUCAUGUUCCAUCUUAUCAGCAUGAAUGCUGUAUCAAACUUCCCAGAGAUUGAACGUCUCGCGCGACGAGAGGGCGUGGACGGCUCAUACCAGCAGAUGAUGUGGAUGCACAAGAAGUGCUUGUCGGAUGUGCAGGAGGCUAUCACCCACGCUGGCCAAGUACUUCGUCUCAUCCGUGAGAUGCCGCAAGGCAUUCGCCCGCCGUGGUGGGCUGGUGCUGUCUAUCGGGCAGGGUUGGUCUUCUGGACUGAUUCGCUCGCUCAUAGCGAGUCCUUGAGCCCCAACAACCACCAAGGAACGUAUCAAACGUCUAAUGCUGCUUUCUCUGUGGACCGCCUCCCUGCUGACCACCCAACGAUACUGAGGUACAUGUCACGAAGGGAUGGUAUCCCUACUUUGACCAAGCGCGACGGAAACCCUGUCCCACUGGAUAAUGGUUUCGCUGUCCUGUCACAUUGUAUCGAUGUACUUGACGAUGGUGUCGCUACCCGAUUUUCCGAUGGCAUUCGUAGUAAACUCGAGAAGCUUGCGCGGGGUUAA